GUUCAUUUGGUGUCAACACAUGUGCGUCCGCCGUAGCCAUGCGUUUUGAGGCAGAAAACUUUUGAUUUUUUCAGUUUUUGGUUAUUUGAAAUAAAACAAAAAUGCCAAGAGACAUAUCGUCGUCUUCAAGCGAAGACGAGGAGGAUAAUAAUACCACAAAAUCGCCUUUAAAGGAAAAAGAAAGCGAUAAGAAGGCCAGCAGGUACCAGUGUCCUGCUGACUUUGUGUCUUUCCAGCACAAGCCCUGCAGCAGCACUCUCACCGAGAGUCUGAAGAACAACAAGAAUGAGUUGUGGCUCAUUAAAGCGCCUGCCAGCUUCGACCCAGAGUGUUUCAGUGGUAUCAAGGUGCCCCUCUCAGGUCUUCAGACCCUGAAGGUUCCUGCUGCUGCAGGCGGAGCAAAGACCGGGAGCAGCCAGCAGAUUUACAGCGUCCUGGCCUCCACCCAUGGCACCUCAGAGCUCCGCCUGCUCACCAGCGACAAGCAGUCAUCAGACAGCAUGGUUUUUGGCCCCAUGUUUUCAGGCCUGUUGAAUGUGUGUGAGAGCUAUGGAGACAGCAGCACCAACCAGGCCCCUCAGGUCAUCCCUGCAGCUCCAGCGCCCUCGGUGGCCAAAAGACUCGUAGAAGAAACAUGGCGGGAGGAAGAGGAGGAAGACGGGAAGAAAAAGAAGAAGAAGAAAAAGAAAGAGAAGCGAAUAAAGACAGAGCAGGAAGAGGAGGUGGUGAGAGUGAAACAGGAACCUGCGGCGGAAACUCAGGACAAAGUGAUGACGGAGCUCCCCCUCCAAGAGGGUGAAGUUUCAGAGGAGAAGAGGAAAAAGAAGAAGAAAAAGAGAGACAGGGAGCGAGAGGAGGUGGAGGAGGGCCUGGAGCCCAGUGUCAGGGUGAAGGAGGAAGAGGUGACAGUGAAAUGUGAACCAAUAGACACUUUGUAUGGUGAUUUAGUGGAGGGCUCGGGAAAGAAGAAGAAAAAGAAGAAGAAAAGCAAAACUGAUGACGAGUAGUCUGCCUUGACUUUGUAGUUUUGUUUAUGUUUGACCUCAUGAACCUGACAAGGAGCCAUUUUACUCCUAAUUCAUCCCAGCGUAUUGGAUGAUUGCAUAAUGAAAGCCUUGCUUUGGCAAACCAUUGCAGCCAGGAAAAAAAAACACAUCCUGAAUCAGUCGAACACUUAGACAAAUUAUAAAAUGCAUUCAUCCAAGCAUAUUUAGGGCCAGCGUUCCCUCUCAUUUUUUGCUCAGAAAGUGACAGUUUUACACACAGAUAAUGUGUGCAGCCGCAGGCAUCUAUGAGUACACGGGAAAUACGAGUGUACAUGGGGGGAACAUCUGCGAUUCCUGCCAGUCUCUGUCAAGUUGUGGUAGACUUUAUGGGAUUAUGCUCACACUGUUUUGCUGCAUUUGUGUACAUAUUUACACAACCAGGCUGGUAACGUCACUGGUUUGGCAGCAGGCUCAGAAAACCAGAGGUGAAAUAAGGACAUUUUAAUUGUUUAAUGUCACGUCUCGCUGUUAGUUUUUUUGUUAUGAAAUGAUCUAAGUCACAUGUAUUGGAGAACACGUGUUUUUAAAAUAUACUCCAAAAGU